AUGGAAAUGGAUCAAGAUAUGGAGCAACAGAUGGAGCAAGAGCAUGUUCAGGAUGCAGAACCAGAGCAAGGGCCGAGACAAGGCCUGAGUUUGAGCAGCCAAAUGAAGAACCAUAUUGUACAGUUCCUACAACAGCAAUGCCAAGCUGGAGCACUGCCACAUGGUUCAUUUCAAGAGGCAGCCAAUAGAUUCAAAGUGCACAGAAGUACAGUGAGCCGCUUAUGGGGGAUAGCCAAGCAGCAAAUUUCAGAUGGGGAACCUGUUAUCAUGAGGGGUAGAGCAUCAGGAUAUACUAAGAAAUCAGGUAAAGUACAUUUUGAUGAUGAAAAAUUCAAACAAUUGUCUUUUCUUGAGAGGUCUUGCUAUAGAAAGCUUGCAUAUAAAAUGGGAGUUAGCAAGACCACAGUUGGUAGAUGGGCAAAGAGUCACCUGAUAAGGCCACAUACAAAUGCCAUAAAACCAGCACUUACUGAAGCAAACAUGACAAAAGCUUCAGACAGAUACUACCUGUUGCCGAAUGAGGAUGAGCCUUACAGGGCUUGCAAGUCAAAAAGAUUCAUCACAAAGGUGAUGUUCAAGUGUGCUGUAAGUAGGCCACAGUUUGGCACAAAUGGUCAGACCAUCUUUGAUGGUAAAAUAGGAAUAUUCUCAUUCACAGAACAAGUUCCAGCCAAAAGGAAGUCCAAGAAUAGGCCAAGAGGGACAUUAGAGACUAAACCUAUACCAUCAGUUAACACGGAAGCAAUGAGAGAAUGUCUCUUGAAUCAGAUUAUUCCAGCAAUCAAGGCAAAGUGGCCAGCCAAUGCAAGCAAGGAUAUAUAUAUCCAAGAAGAUAAUGCCAAACCUCACCUAAGAUCUUUUGACUCACAAUUUGAUGAGCUUGCAAGUUCAGAUGGAUUUAAGUUCCAUCUAAUUAGCCAACCAGUCAACUCCCCAGACACCAAUCAAGAUCCUAGAAGUGCAUGGGGGCAACAACUACAAAAUACCCCACUUGAACAAGGAAAGGCUGAGAAGGACAGUGGGGCUUCCUACAUCCCUAGAAGUUGGGGAGAAUCUGGUCAAAGAGAGCUUGGAGUAUCUACUACUACCUCAGAAUGA